AUGGCAGCCGAAACUGUACCUAUCGCAGCUCCAUUGUUCCAGGCACCCACUGGUGCCGCCAUAGCCGUGCUGAAACCAUAUGCAUUUCCCGAGGAAGACAUUCUCCUUGACGCCAAUGUUCUACCUGAUCCGCCGGCUGUCGUAAAGCACAUGAAAGUGGGCUGGUCUGAGCACAUUCCUCUUACUGCCUUGACUAACCAAGCAUGUCAGACGGCAUACAACAGGUCUCAGAACGGAAAGGAUGUCCUAAAGUUCGAACAUGGUAUCAUUAAAGUUGGACACGCACCCCUUAAUGCAUCUCGGGAAUGGUGGCUAACCCUUGCUGAGUUUAUCGAAGCAUACCCACAUUUGAUUCGAAUCAUCCGCCUCCACUACUCUCACCCCCAGGCGAUUUGA